AUGUUCUACCCAAAGGCACCCAACGUCUUCGAGACACCGGGCAGCAAGCAGAUUGGAGACCGGUGGUCCGCAGCCGGAGGCAAGGACACUCAUACUCCCGGGGCCGCGACCAGAAGGGGAGAUCCGGAUCACGUAGAGCCCAACCAGGUGAAGGGCGGGGGCAUUGAUUCGAAGCACUUCCAAGAGCGAGUUGCCGACCAGCGGCCGGGCGACCCUGGCAUAUUCGACAAGAAGUGGAACAAGGCGCACUACGGUAAUCCACCUCAGCCCUUGACACUCGGCAUCGCAUGCGACUAA